AGUGACCCGCAGGUUAUUGGAACGCGCCGCGCCUAGGAGCCCUCAUCUUUAAAGGCCCUGGAGAUACGGAGAGUACCUGAUUCACACUGAACUGUAAAGGGAUCAGUCGGCCCUGGCACUCAGGACAUGCGUAAAUGGAAGUCCACGGAUUUAGAAUAUUCUCUUUCCUUUUUUCUCGUAUUUAAAAUAAUUUUCUUGACUCUAACCUGGCUGUCUCUUACUUCCUUCGAUUUUCCACCAGUUAUUUUGCGAAGCGCGUUUUACUUUAGGACUGGAGCUCCCUGUUCACCAAUGACAAAGCAUAAACCAUGUGUUUGGGAUUGGGGGAAAUGUAUAACCCUGCUUUUUCAAAAAAAAUAGGAGAUUAUUAUAUAAUAUACGUCUUGGAAAGUGUUCUUGUAAAAAUCAUGGAAAGGAAACAAAGUUACUGUCAACUGUGUCAUACAGUGUAACCAAAACCCAUUUAGCCUGGUAGGAAAAAGUUUUCUGUAAAAGUCAGCUGUUAGUCUAGUUUUGCCUGUAAAACACGUUGUAGCCUGUGAGAGCACACUGUCAGUCAAGGUCAUUGUCGGCACACCUGUAAAGAGCUGUGGUUUUCUAUUUCAUUCAUUUCAUAGUAUAAAAUAUAUGAGUCUGUCCUUUUUUAAGGACAUGUCCUGUUCUUGUGUCAGUUCCUCUUUCAGAACUUGAAUUUUAGAGUUCCCAGUUCAUUGGUUACAGAAGUCUAGAAAUAUUGGACUAAAUUACAUAUGAGUAGAAUUGAGGGUGAUUCUGGUAAAGAGAAUAGAAUAGCAUUAGUAUUUUAUAAGAUUUAGUGUUCAUUUUAUUGUCAGCUAAACCAUUGGUUUGAGUUAACUUCUCCUUGUUUUAAACAUACUAAUAUAAAUAAGAGCCUAAAGCUUAAUACUUUUAAAAAUUAUAGACAAGAACUUGUUUCAUUUGUAGUAUUAAUGUGAAAUACAUUUGAAUAGGACUUUGUAGCUUAUACAAACCUCUUUCCUAGUUCUCGGCAAACUACACAACAAAAUAAAAAUAGAACAUAAUGCACAGAAAUUAUGAAUCGGUUUUAUUUUUUGUUGGGACACAUGUUUACUUGAAGGGACUCUGAGUUACGUUUUCCAGCUGUCCUGAGCUUUGGCUACACACCUUCCACGUUAGUUCCUCUUCACUGCAGGGUUGACAUGGUGCCAGGAAGAUGCUCUUGUGUGUAGGGAUGGCUGCCUGGCUUUUGCAGCACCUGAUGCAUAGAUUAUAUAUAAUACACUGCCCUGGAAUCUGGCGAAAUUGUAAAAAUAUAGCAAAGUUUUCCUUUUUUAAUUUCAGGUUUCCUCUACAUGACAAAGAAAGACUUGAAAAAUGGCUAAAGAAUAUGAAACGAGAUUGCUGGAUGCCCAGUAAAUACCAGUUCCUGUGUAGUGACCAUUUCACUCCUGACUCUCUUGACAUCAGAUGGGGGAUUCGAUAUUUGAAACCCACUGCAAUUCCAACAAUAUUUACUUUGCCUGAAGACAAUCAGGAAAAAGACCCUUCCAAAAAGAACUGUCAGAAGAAAAAAACAGAUGAUGAGAAGGAAGUGUGCCUGAAAGCCAAGCCACAAGAAUCAUUUGCACCAAAAGAGCCAAAGAAAAAUACAGUUAAUACAGGUGUCCUCCCUGAACAUGCGGCAUUACUCUCUUCAGCUGCGUUGGUGAAGCCACCAUUUCCAAAAACAGGAAGUAUACACAACAACAUAUUAACACUUAAUCUAGUUAAACAAGAUGCUGGAAAUCCAGAAUCUACCUUGGAAACAUCAAUUAACCAAGACAUAGGUGGUUUUCACACAUCUCUUGAGAAUCUAAAUUCUACAACUAUUACUUUGACAACUUCAAAUUCAGAAGGUAUUCAGCAGUCUUUGGAAACCCAAGAAAUGCUCGAAGUAACUACCAGUCAUCUUGCCAAUUCAAAUGUCACAAAUAAUUCCGUGGAAAUUAAGUCAGCACAGGAGAACCCAUUCUUACUCAGCACAAUUACUCACACAGUUGAAGAAUUAAACACAAAUAAAGACUCUGUUAUUGCCAUUUUUGUACCCACAGAAAAUGCCAAACCUACAAUCAAUUCCUUUAUACCUGCCCAGAAAGAAACCAUGGAAAUGGAACACAUGGACAGUGAAGACUCCUACAAGGACCUAGACUAUGAGACAGAAGUCUUACAAAUUGAGCAUUCUUACUGCAGACAGGAUAUAAAUAAGGAGCAUCUCUGGCAGAAAGUCUCUAAACUACAUUCAAAGAUAACUCUUCUUGAGCUACAGGAGCAGCAAACUCUAGGGAGAUUGAAGUCUUUGGAAGCUCUCAUAAGGCAGCUAAAGCAGGAGAACUGGCUCUCUGAAGAAAAUGUCAAGGUUAUAGAAAACCAUUUCACAACAUACGAAGUUACUAUGCUGUAAAGAGGUCUCAGAGUGCUGACUUUUAUAUAAGCUUUCUGCAGCCAGACCAAAUUAUAUGUAAAGUGAACUUUUCCCUGCAUAAACAUCUCAGCUUAAUGAAGCUCAGAAAGUGUUUCAACGUUAUGAACUGCAUCCUGUUCUUUUAACGCUCAUUUUUGAGGACAACUAGAGUGUUGCUGGGCUGUAGAUAAAAAGUUUUAUUACUGGGUCACUUUCCAAAUUAAAGUUAAGAUACAGUGGAUAAGUAAUAAGAGUUUGUCCUCUGACAAACAGAUACGGUAAAAAGAGGCUCAGGAAUAACCUGGGCUCUGCAGUUGGCAAGUGACAGGCAAGUUACUCAUCAGGAUUGAGCCCCAUCGUCUCGUCUGUAAAAUAAGGGCACUUCCUAGAUCUCCAGUGCGGUCUGUUCCUUUCUAGUUCCUUCCGUUCCCAGCCAGAUCCUUACAAUAGGACAACUGUAAGGUAAUCUGUACUUACGUGAAACGGGGUAUUUGCUAGAAUUCAAUAUUAUUAGCUAUUGGACUAUCUUCAAUAUUUACUGAAUUCUAUGUUGUUUGACCUUUUGGCUAAAGUUAUCCAUAGAAACAAAGGAAAAUACUCCUUUUAUAAUUUUAUUCCAGUUGAACUAAAAUAAGGGACCACCCAUUAGCCCAGUUCUGAGGAGAGGUACUUUACACUUAAAAGAAUAUGUAUUUCAGCACAUUCUCUGUGGCUGACCAUCAUAAUACAUAGUCAUUUAAGCUUAACAUCCUAUAUUUAAGAUUAUAAUUUAUAAACCAAAAUUUUUAAUGAGGUUAAUUUUUUAAUAUAUAUUACUAUUUUUAGAAACCACAGUUUGUAUGUAUUUAAUAUGUGUAGCUUUUUAAAAUGUGUGCUUGUGUCAUUUUUAAAUUCCACAAUGAUAAGAGUGAUACUUAACACUACAUUCCCACUUAUGUAUAUUUUGUUAAAAUUUAUAUGCAAGAAAUUAUAGAUUCGUAGCGAUGGCCAUCAGGAGAGAAGUAAGAAAAAGAAGGGAUGUAAAUAAAAAAUGCUGCAUAUAUCUUAAUGUGAACUUAAGAAAAAAUAUAAAAGCAAAAAUUUAGUGGUAGCAGAAUUGUGAAAAAUCAACAAUCUCUUAAAAUUGGCAGUUAAUAUAAUUAAAUUGUUACUGUUUAUGGUAUUGAGCAAGUUCCUGUCUAUCUGAUUCUUAGUUUUCUUUUAUAUUAAAAAUGCUGUUAUCUUGAGGGAUGGUUUUGACAGAUCUGUAAGGUAACAAUUACAGAUUUAGUCCUGGACAAUAAGAGGAACUCAAUAUAUAUUAGUUGACUGCACAGCGGAUAGUAGACUAACUGUGCUAUAAAGGCAUGGUGAUUAAUUUUGGCUAUAUUUCACUUAGGUUUUUCAGGCUAAUGGAAUUGGCAUUAUAUGAGUAUAUGUCAGCUAGUUACAAAUUGUUCCUUAUUGGGUUACCAUGGGUGGAAAGACAGCAUUUUACAUAAAUUGUGAUAAUUGGUAGAUUUAAUAUGUUGUUUUUAAGUAUUCCCAUGUUGCAUUUUGCUAAUACUUCUUUUAAAUUAAUAUAGAUGAAAAUGCCCUUUGUAAGUCACUUAAAAAUGUUACAACUAGUUUAUAACUGUAUACCUUGUAACUUCUGUUUGUUUAAAGUAAUUUAACUAGUUUUAUUUCUUUAAACUUAAUAAAUUAUAAAUAUUAAAAAUU